AUGGAUAAAAUUCCAUCAAUCAGAUUUUGGUUUCUAUGUGCGAUAUUGUUGAACGCCGUUCGUUGUCAGAGUAAAUCAAAUAUAAAACAGUUAUAUAGUGAUGUGUUUUCAAAUUACCAAAAAUCUAUAGUUCCAAAUUCUGAUUUUUCGUCACCUUUAAAUAUUACUUUGACUAUAUAUUUGGUUACCAUAAUUAGAUUUCAAGAAGUGGACCAGACUCUUGAAUUAACAGCUGGAUUAGGUGCGACAUGGACAGAUGAAGACUUAACGUGGACUCCGUCGUCAUAUGGUAAUGCACAAGACAUAGUAGUACCUGUUACCGAUAUUUGGACCCCAAAGUUUGCACUUGUAAAUUCAGUUGAAACAUAUGAACCAUUGGGAGGAGACAACGCUAACUUUGCAACAAUCAAUUAUACUGGUGGGGUGAAUAUAUUCACUGCCGACGUAUUGGCAUCCAAAUGUACAACAAAUAUAUAUAAGUUUCCGUUUGAUUCUCAGACGUGUUAUCUGAUAUUUAAUGUGGUGGGAAUGCCAGUGAAUAUAGUAACAUUGAAUUCAGUUUCUGAUCCUGUUGAACUAUCCUUUUUCACACCAAAUUCGGACUGGUCAUUACAAUCAUAUAAAGGUGAAACGUCAAAUUGGAAUGGCUAUUCCAUUUUUACCUUCACACUAACAAUACAACGUGCACCUUUAUAUUACACAGUAUUAGUGUGUGUACCUACUAUAUUGUUUGGAUUACUCAAUCCCUUGGUUUUUCUUCUUCCCGUAGAAUCCGGAGAACGUAUAGGACUUUCAAUAACUGUAUUAUUAUCCUAUGCAAUAUUUUUGUCUAUGGUCCAAACUGCUAUACCAGCAACGUCCAAUCCAAUGAGUCUUCUCUUAAUCAUAAUGAUUGUUACCAUAGCAAUAAGUGGAAUGAUUCUUGCUGUAACAAUUUACAUAUCUUUGCUUUAUAAUAAAGAUCCACAGACUAAAAUGAACGUUCUCUGGAGGUAUAUUGGAACAAGGAGAAAUACAGUAACAAGAGUGCAUCCGUUUACAAACGAUUGUGAAGGAGAGAAAACUUGGACAGAGAUAAGUCCAUCUUGGAAGGAUGUCUGCGACGGAUUAGAUACUAUUGUGAUGGUUAUAUCAUAUUGUGUCUUAUUCAUUAUCAACUGUGCAUAUUUCAUAGCUGUAUUGACAUGAUAUCAUUUCAUUUAGGUUAUAUUAUACUGUGUCUUAAUCAUUGUCAACUGUGCAUAUUUUAUAGCUAUAUUGGUGGGAUAUCAUUUCAAUGAUUAUUUCCUUUA